UCCGCAGAUGAGGUGAAAGGAAAGCUCGCAAAGAUAUUGCGCACCGAUAUGUGUCAAGUUGGGAGUAUCAAGCCCGCUAAGGGGUUCCCUCGGGGUCCAGACCCUGCUGCUAUAUUGAUCAAGAAGGGUUACCCUGUUCGAAUGGUCCAGCUCGAAGGAUCCACCCUUCCUGCAGAUGUGUUGCAGCUAGGUUUCCGGGGUAUGAAUGGCAAGCGAUCGCUAUGGCUAGAUGAUAUACAGGCUGGCCUGUUUAAAUUUGAGAAGACUGGUGAUGCAACAAAUGACAAUCAGAACGGAAAUGAACAGCUUCAGGAUGAAGAUUCAGAUCAUGAGGAUGAAUCAGAGUGGAUGGGGCUUGGUGAUGAUCAUUUUGGGGACAAAGAGGCUUGAGAUGCUUAAGAUGUGGUAUUGGUUUUUUCUUUUUUCUUUUUUUGACUCUUCGCUGCUUUUCUCUUUUCACUUUUGUUUAUGUUUCUCAUUAUCGUUUGUUUUUGAGUACUAUCGCCGUCACUACCAUAGAUUUUGUUCACAACUGUUAUCAUGUUUAAGAACAAAUAACUCAAACAACUCCUCAGUAUCAAGCUUCAGACCUGUCAAAAUGAAAUUCAAGUGAAAAUUUUGC